AUGGCGGCCUCACCCAAGAACAAGCGCGACAAGGCCUGGCUGGGCUGGUUCAUCAUGCAGCUCAUCGUCAUAUUCCUCAUCGAUGCCGUGCAAUUCUACCCGCCCGAGCUGUACAAGGCCCCAGGCAGCCCUCUGUACUUCCUGCAGCAGAUGAAGGACUUCUAUAUUUCGACCUACAACGACCCACUCGUCCAGUCCGCGACCGCGCCGAACUGGAUGCACCUGGUCUCGGUCGUCGAGAUCGGCUUCCAGCUGCCUGUGGCCCUGUACGCCGUCUGGCGGCUGAGCGGCAGCAGGGGAACCUCGGGCCCGUUCGAGCUUCUGCUGCUAGCGUAUGCCUUUGAGACGGCCUUUAGCACCCUGCUGUGCAUCAACGACGUGUUCUAUUGGGACCCGGCGGUUUACUCGUGGGAGCAGAAGAAGGUCUUUUUGUUCCAGUUGUAUGGCUCGUGGCUCGUUAUCCCCACGGUAAUGUUUGUGGACAUGUACUGGAGGCUGUACAGCCGGCUCUCGGCGACGGACGCUGUGAAGAAGACGCAGUAG